GAAGGUUUGAAAAAUGAAAACACUAGCAAGAUUCAUUCUGGGAUUUGUCAUCCUGGAUGCUGCUGUGACUGCCCCAACUCUAGAGUCCAUCAACUAUGACUCUGAAACCUACGAUGCCACCUUAGAAGAUCUGGAUAAUUUAUACAACUAUGAAAACAUACCUAUGGGUCCAGCUGAGAUUGAUGUUGCGACAGUGAUGCCUUCUGGAAACAGAGAGCUCCUCACCCCGCCCCCACAGCCAGAGGAGGCUGAAGAGGAGGAGGAGGAGUCCACCCCUAGAUUAAUCGACGGCUCCUCCCCACAGGAGCCUGAAUUCACUGGGGUUCUGGGCCCACACACCAAUGAAGACUUUCCAACCUGCCUUCUGUGUACCUGUAUAAGCACCACCGUGUACUGUGACGACCAUGAGCUCGAUGCUAUUCCUCCCCUGCCCAAGACCACCGCUUAUUUCUACUCCCGCUUUAACAGAAUUAAAAAGAUCAACAAAAAUGAUUUUGCAAACCUAAAUGAUCUAAGAAGGAUUGAUCUGACAUCAAAUUUAAUAUCCGAGAUUGAUGAAGAUGCAUUCCGAAAACUGCCUCGACUCCAAGAGCUUGUUCUUCGUGACAACAAGAUAAGGCAGCUGCCAGAAUUGCCAACGACUUUGACGUUUAUUGAUAUUAGCAACAAUAGACUUGGAAGGAAAGGAAUAAAGCAAGAAGCAUUUAAAGAUAUGUAUGAUCUGCGUCAUCUCUACCUCACGGAUAACAACUUGGACCACAUCCCUCUGCCUCUUCCAGAAAAUCUACGGGCCCUUCACCUCCAGAAUAACAACAUUCUGGAGAUGCAUGAAGAUACCUUCUGCAAUGCUAAAAAUUUGACUUAUAUUCGUAAGGCACUAGAGGAUAUUCGACUGGAUGGAAACCCUAUCAAUCUCAGCAAAACUCCUCAAGCAUAUAUGUGCCUACCUCGUUUGCCUGUUGGGAGCCUUGUCUAAUUUCAGAUGAUGGUUAGCAUUAGGAUGCUUCCUAUAACAAAACAAUUCUUACUGUUCUCUUCAAAAAGAAAACUCAGCAUGAUACUUUCAAAAUGUGUUCUGAAAGACGAUAUAAUUACAUAAAAUACAGCUAAAAGUUUUAAUACCAGUUUAGUAUCAUUAAAAAAACACCAAAUAAAUCAAGAAUAAACCAAAAGAUAGACAGAAGAGCAAAACUAAAAGAUAGAAAAUAUUUCACAGAUAUUUCUUAUAAGUCACAUGUAACAUGCAAGUUUUAGAGAUUCACAGCUUAUAUAAUAUUAAAUUAAUCAUAUAAUAAAAAUUAAAAAUGAACACCUUUAGGUAUAUUGCCAAGAUUUAGUUGUUUUAAAUAAACUUUUCAAUUCUUUUCUUUUCACUAAAGCAUGUUUCUGUUUUUAAAUUCCUUAAGGAAAAUGAAGAAAUGAAUAAAAAUAUUUGAAAAUUA